CAGGCUCUCCUCAACCAAAGAGUUGUAAGAAGGUUCAUUUUAUCAAGAACAUGAGACAACAUGACACACGUAAUGGCAGGAUAGUCUUAAUAAGUGUGCGAAGGGCCCUCUAUGGUAUGUUUUCCGUGGUGCCCUAUCAAGAAUUUAGCCAGCUGGGGGAUAUGAGACAUUUUCAUAGUGGCAUGGGGACCAGAGAUAGUGUCAUUGGGCUGGUGGGUGUGGAACUUGGUGCUGAAGGAAAGACAGUGUCCUACACUGAAAUGCUAUAUCCGACUAAUGCGUUAUGUGGCCACAUUUCUAACACGGCAUCCAGCACUUGUUCUCCAUGUUCUCAGAGCCCUGUCCGAGGUGUCCAUUCUCAAGGCAGCAGGGAUAAAGGAACUGAAGUCAGAGACCGUGUGGAUUAUGACCCUAAUCUCUUAGAUGAUCCCCAGUGGCCUUGUGGAAAACAUAAAUGUGUGCUUGUCUUCCACUCCUACAUGACCACAGUGAUAGAGUAUGUGAAGCCAUCCGACUUAAAGAGAGACAUGAAUGAAACCUUCAGUGAAAAGUUUCCACAUGUUCAGCUAACCCUCAGCAAAAUCAGAAGUCUGAAGAAAGAGAUCCGGAAGCUAGCCCAGGAGGACUGUGGGUAUGAGGAGCCCACAGUUGCCAUGGCUUUUGUUUACUUUGAGAAGCUAGCGCUGAAUGGUAAGAUUGAUAAGCAGAACCGAAAGCUGUGUGCCGGGGCCUGCAUCCUGCUUGCAGCUAAGAUUGGCAGUGAUCUCAGGAGACCUGAAGUCAAGAGUCUGAUUGAUAGGUUGGAGGAGAAAUUUCGGUUGAACCGGAAGGAUCUUCUGGCAUUUGAGUUCCCGGUGCUUGUAGCCUUGGAAUUUAAACUGCAUCUGCCCCAUCACGAAAUUCUACCACACUACAGACGCCUCCUGCUCACCUCUUACAACCAGAAGAUCCAGUAAACCUCAAGGCUUGGAAGAGGAGUUCACCUGUUUUCAUCCAGUGUACCUGCAGCUGUACUGUGAAUCAAAAGACCCAAGCACUGGCAUGUUGGAAGAAGCUGUAAUUUCCAGUUUACACAAAUUUGAAACCUUGAAACUUGUCACUUUGCAUUGGAGAAUCCCAGAUCAUAUUUAUUCAAUAUUCAUUUAUUGCAUGUUAUUGCAUGAUUAUUUUUUAUAGUAAUGUUUUA